GGAACAACACACCGCGUGGAGGAUACCGACACGCGUAGUGGACCAACAAUGACAGUAAAUUAACUUGUUUUUUAAGAUUAUUUUGGGAAUUAAUCAUCUUAUUCGUCUACUGUACGAGGAUAGUGAUAUAACGGAGAUAGUUGUUAAUUAAGGAAAUGUUAUCAACAAAGCUCCUGAGCUUCUCACCAAGUGGGGAGAAGUUAGCACACAGUGGUCCAGAUGGAAUCUUGAGAAUCUGGAACACAACUUCUGGACUCCUGGAGCAUCAGUUCCAGCCUGCAGAGCACCUCACAGCCACCACAUCAUGUAUCAGAUAUUGUUCCACGAGAAAAAGAUUACAGGAAACGGCCAAGAAAAAACCUACAAACGAAGGUAAUUGUCUCAUAGCCAUGGGAACACUAGCCGGCACCAUUCACAUCUAUUGCCCCGAGAGGAGAGCAGUCAUUGCCACCCUGGAACAUUCUCCAUCUCAAGCGAUCUUAGACGUUUAUUGGAGCACAAAAAAAAACAAGACGUCUGUAUUGUUCUCCUUAUCAACAAACAAUACCAUUAUGGAGUGGCAUGUAAAUACAAAAACUUCCCUCCGGCCUAUGGAAGUGAGUGGUGGCAGCACUUUCCUGGUGUUUUCUCAGAAAAAAAUAUGUCUAGCAAAUCGUAGUAUUGAGUAUCUAUCUAAACGGGUAAAUGGUGACGAUUUGAAGGUGAUAAGAACGUUCACAGGUCACACCUCAUCAGUGACACAACUUGUACCCCUUGUUUCUAAUGAUGGACAUGUGAAAUACUUCUUGUCUUCGGCUCAAGAUGACACAUUUGUGUAUGCUUGGGAUACGCAGUGCGAGACUGGGGACCCCGCUGUCAGUUUUAUGGUGAAAGAUGUCGUUCAGUCGAUGGCUGUGGCCGAGUUGAAAGACAGCACUGUGACGCUUGCUGUCACAGUACGAACUGGCACUCUCAUCCUCUUCACACAACACCUAAAUGGGAACAGACACAGCGCGGCAGUCAAACACACAGGAAAGCUACGAAUAGUCACGGAUUCCACUAGCAAACAGACUAUUCCAAUCGUCUUCUCCUUCUUCUGUAAUGAUAGUGCCUCUAGUAUCAUUGUUGUGUAUGGAUAUUCACCCGUCUUCAAAUUUGAAAGAAUAGCUAUAGCAGACAUAGCAAAACACACACAGUUGGUUCGAUCAAACCCUUCUGCAGCUGUCCUGAACCAGAAAACUGCUCUGGUCAAGACUCUAACACCCAAAGUUACCAGAGACGCCACAAUAAAAGGUCUGGGCUGCUGCAAUGAGUCCACCGACAGUAAAUUGAAGAGAAAAUUCAACGAUGAAGAUGGUGUAGCAUCUCUGCCAAUGGAAGAAAGGCUUAAUGCUCUGGCACUAGAUAAGACGACGACACAGUAUGGUACCGAGCCGCCCAAAGCCAAUAACUUGGUACACCUUUUGCUACAGGGCCUAACCAGCAAGGAUCAACGAAUCCUCCAUAGUGUUUUUGAUCAUGGUGACGAGCAGACCAUCAGCAACACAGUCCGAAGACUUCCUGCGACUGCUGUUGUGCCUCUAUUAAAGCAUUUACAGAUACUUAUUAUGGGCAAGGGACACAAAAAUUUUGCCACUGUGAGAUGGGUGAGGUCAGUGUUAUACUACCACAUGAGUCACCUGUCAACCCUUCCUGACCGAGAGGAGUUGAUGCAGCCAUUCUACUCGGCCUGUGUUUCAAGAAUGUCCACUCUCCAGCAGGUGACUCAACUGCAUGCACGACUGGAUCUCAUGCUGACGCACGUGGCAACUAGGCACCAAGAGAGCAAGCAGACUGCUGUAGAACCAGAAGCUAUCCUUAUAUACAGAGAAGAAUCGUCAGAUGAAGAUGAUAUGUUGGAAGCCACUCUGGGAGUCUCUGAGUCUGAGGACAACUGGGACGAAUUGUCAGAUAUUGGGGAGAUAAAUGGUCACACAGAUGAGGACUCAGAUAUGGAGGUGGAUCAACAAAUUAGUUCAGUUAAAAGAAGAAUGGAAGAAGAGGAUGAGGAAGAACAGACAGAAGAAGAGAAUGAUGAGGAAAAUAGUGAUUGUGACCUGGUAAUUUGUGAUGAUGAGGGUGAUAGUGAAUGAGUUUGUGGAAGAGGGUAAAGUUAAUGUGAAGUGUCAAGAAGAUGCAGCAGGCUAUGUUGUGGUGAGACUGUACAAAGAUGUUCACAUACAUUUUUAUCAUUGCUUUGAGUUAAGCAUUGUGCAUUGCUACUGUUUUAAAAAAAGUCAUACAAAUUUAAUACCAAUGUCAGGUUUUCUUAUCCUUUGUUACUGGUGUCCAAAAUCAGGUAGUCGGGACUUGACAUUUUAACCAAAACAUUCUACAUUAUGUUGAAAAUGUACGUAUGUGCAAAAAUAAAAAGCAUUAAUAAACAAAAUUUGCAAAUAAAGUUAACUAUCUGAUUUUGAAUAAUCAUACCUUAAUGGAAUUUAAUAAUGUAGAAUAUCUCCAAGGGUAUGUCAUAAAAUUUAAUCCCUUCAGAAGAUAAAAUACUGAGGUCACUGGAUUAUUGACCAGAUAAUUUUUGGGGGGCAGGAAAAGUAGUGAGAGUUGUUGUAUUUCAAUUGUAUUUUCUCCAAACCUUAUUUAAGAGCUUUUCUUUUUAUGUAUUACAAUUGAAUAACAAAUAUUGAAAUUUCAGAAUAUUAUAUAAUGUAUAUUUUAUGCCAAUUUUAGCAAUGUUUGUAUAUUUACAAAUGAAAAUAUGGUUUUGAA